GUCUUUUUCGCACGUGAGCAGUGACUGACUCAAGCCUGAUGAGGGGCUUUCGCACAAUUCUUCCCCUUUGCCAGAUCCAAUUUACUCGUCGUUUGUCGUCUAAGUCCACCAUCAUGUCUCGCAAUUAUGAGGCUGCGAUUGCAGCUCUCAAUUCACUGCAGACCAACUUUGCAGUAGUGGAGGAGCUACGAAAGUCGCGAAAGGAUAUGAAUAUGCUGUCCAUCCCAGAAACCGUGGAGUGGCUCCGUCGCAUUGGAUAUCAGCCCUCCGAUCUGAACCGCAUCAAUCCCGUACACGUUGCUGGCACGAAGGGGAAAGGCUCCACUUCGGCUUUUAUCGCAUCAAUCCUUUCUCAGUAUACUGCCUCAAAGUUAUCCAACUUGGACUCAGCCUCGGGCUCACUCAACAAGGUUGGGCUCUAUACCUCUCCUCAUUUGCGCUUUGCGAGAGAGCGAAUUCAAAUCGACAACGCGCCACUUUCAGAGGAGAAGUUUGCGAAAUACUUCUUUGAAGUAUGGGAUCGUUUGGAUGAAGCUGCUCGCCUGGCCGGCGAAGACCCUACGAACCUUAGAACGAAGCCCCAGUACUUCCGGUACCUGACUUUGAUGGCGUUCCAUACCUACAUUAGUGAAGGUGUCGAUGCUGCGGUCAUCGAGUGUGGAAUAGGCGGGGAGUACGACUGCACCAAUGUGAUACAAAAGCCGGCUGCGACAGCAAUCACUAGCCUGGGCAUUGACCACGUCGCUAUGUUGGGGAACACCAUUGAAGAAAUUGCGUGGCAUAAGGGUGGCAUUAUCAAAUCUGGUACCAGAGCGUUCAGCGCACCGCAGCCUCCAUCCGCUGAGAAGGUUCUGCUUGAGCGUGCUGCUGAGAGAGGAACUUCACUGGAAUUUAUCAGGGGCCACCCUGAGCUCAGCAUUGAAGGAGGCGUCAAACUCGGAUUGGCUGGCGACUUUCAAUACACUAACGCGGCAGUGGCCGUUGCAACAGCGGCGGAAUUCCUGCGUACUGUCGGCAUCGAGCAAGUAUCGUCAGAUUCCCUGCAGAAAGCUUUACCAGCUAAGUUCCGUAAAGGGCUGGAAGAGGCCCGCUUAGGCGGUCGUUGUGAGACGCGCACUGAGAAACACAUCACUUGGUACAUCGACGGGGGCCAUACGCUUGAAAGUAUCAAGCUGGCUGGUCAAUGGUUUGCAUCUCAGAUCCAGGCAAAUUCUUCGUCUACUGCCGUUGCGCAGAAGAAGCAGCGAGUCCUGAUCUUCAAUCAACAAACCCGGGACAGCAAUGCCUUGGCCCAGGCUCUUUACGAGACCUUGGCUGCGGCUUUAGGAUCGGAGCAACCAUUCACUCAUGCAAUUUUUUGCACCAACGUUACCUACAAGACCGCAGGCUAUCGACCCGAUCUUGUCAGUAUGAACACAAACGCGACCGACGUGGAGAAAUUGCAUGUUCAGAAGAGCCUCGCUGAGACAUGGCAUUCCAUUGAUCCUCGCACUGAGGUUAAGGUUUAUAGCACCAUUGAGGAAGCUGUUGACUUUACUAGGGAGCUUGCCAUGAGAGAGAAGGACCUGGUAGGUCAGUAUGAAGCUCCUGUAAUGACAUUCGUUACUGGCAGCCUGCACCUUGUUGGUGGCUUCUUAGAUGUGAUAGAAACCAAGCCUGCUCCGCAAUGAGACUCGCAAUCUGCCUACCUCACCACGAGGUUUCAACAACAAAACUGGUGAUACCCGGACAAGAUAUGGAUGCCUUGUCUUUGCUCUAACAUUUGAUAAUCUCGAUACAUUACAGGAGGCGUUCUAUAAGCACAAUUCAACAAGCCAAAAAUUUUUUUUCAAGAAUUCUCAAAUGCC